UUCAUGAAGCGCGUCUGCGACGGGGCUGCGAACUUAGGCCUUCGGCGCUUAUCUCUCAUUAUCUUCCUCUUCAAGUCCGCAAAGAGCGGCGCGAGUCCUUUCUUAAGGAAAUAUUCCAGGCCGAUCGCGAUAGGGGACUCGGUUGAAAAAUGGAUGGAGGCCAUCCUGGAUGCAAUGAUGAAGCCCUACCUCUCGGACAUUGCCUGCGACUUCGCCUACCGCCCGGGCUUCUCCUGCCUGACGGGAUGCAUCCGGGGGAUCUUGUUCUGUUACAGCGGAGCGGAGCACUUGUACGCGGGAGUACUUAUACUGGACAUCAAGGGAGGCUUCGAAAACGUCAAAAAGCUGCAUGUGCUCCGUAUGCUCCACGCGGCGGGCCUCCCUCGCUACCUACUCUGCGCUCUAUGGGUGUGGCUCACCGCUCGCCAGGCGGUGAUUUGCAUUGCUGGCCUCAUCGGCAAGGCGUUCGGGCUUCCAGAAAGUUUAGGGCAGGGGACGUUAAUAUCACCGCUGUUCUUCCGCCGCUGCGUGGAAGCGGCCACACGGGCAAGCGGCGUG